AUGCUCCGGAAGGAUUUAAUCGUCAAGAUUUUUCUUCUAGCGAAGCUGGGAAACGCGCAAAGUGGAGAUUUUCAAGACGAGACGAUCUUCGACAAUAUCGAGGUGGAUUACAAAGGCGACACCUUCAACACACAAAGAUCUUCGUCGAAAAACAUCUUUCCUGAAAGCUCCUCUCCUGAAGUUACAGAAGAAAUUUCAGAGCUAACUGAAACGAUUAUUUUAACAGAAGAAUCUUCAUCGGGCGUCGAGGUCUUCGACAAAAUCAUCAAAAUCGAAGAAACGAGUGCAAUCAUGGAAGAGAGCUCCUUGGAACGAGAGCCAAACGAAAUGCUCGUGAUCGGCCUGGGAGUGGGAAUUGCAGCGCUUAUGCUUUGUUUGAUGCUGAUUGGAGCCUGUGUGUAUAUUAGAAAGCGGCGAAAUCAGCCCAACAUCCUUUCCUCCCAAAACCGCCCCAAAACCUCCACGAAGUCCAAGCAGACACAUUCGAGCGAAUCGACAUUACUCGCGGCACUCUUCCAAGAAAAUCCAAAAACACGAGGAACAGUUCGAUUUCGAAGAAGAGCUCAAAAAGCAGCUGCAAAACAGGGCCGGAACUGCCGACCUCGGAUUUGGGCGCCAGCUCGAUGGGAACAAUGA